AUCCCUAGUAUAAUUUAUGUUGACGUAUGUUUAGAGUGAAGUUUUAUUAUGUUGUUUAUAGUUGUACCGCUAGAAUUAUGUGGUGGCUUGAUAAAAUUCACUUAACUUGCUAAUUAUUCAUUUUCUUGAAGGAUCAUGUUAUAUUAUGACAAUAUCCAAUAUGACAAAAGACUACGACUACUUACUAAAAGUGCUUUUAGUGGGAGAUAGCGAUGUUGGUAAACAUGAGAUAUUAUCUUGCCUUGAAGAUGCAUCAUCAGAAAGUCCAUUUUGUAGCGGAAACGCUUAUAAAACCACGACUAUUCUUCUGGAAGGGAAACGUGUCAAACUUCAAAUUUGGGAUACAUCUGGACAAGGCCGGUUUUGCACCAUUAUAAGGUCAUAUUCAAGAGGGGCACAAGGAAUUAUAUUAGUUUACGACAUUACAAAUAAAUGGAGCUUCGAUGGAAUCGACAGAUGGCUUAAGGAAGUGGAAGAGCAUGCUCCUGGUAUUCCAAAAGUAUUAGUUGGGAAUAGACUACACCUUGCUUUUAAAAGACAAGUAUUAGCUAAACACGCAGAGCUUUAUGCUUCUCGUAAUAAUAUGUCAUGCUUUGAAAUAUCCCCACUUUGUGAUUUUAAUAUCAGAGAGUCUUUUUGUGAACUCGCUCGAAUGGCGCUGCACAGAAAUGGUAUGGAACGGAUCUGGCGUAAUAAUAAAGUUUUGUCUUUGCAAGAGCUAUGCUGCCGGACAAUUGUUAGAUGCACAACUGUAUACGCAAUUGAUUCCUUAAGUUUACCAACAUCAGUGAAGUCCACACUAAAAUCAUAUGCUCUAACAACAUCUCAGAGUAUUCACAACAUCAAUCAUGGCUCCAGAUUUAAAUAUCAAUGUAAAUAUCCAUUGAAUCAUAAUCGAAAUAGUUGUGCUAUUUCAUGAUUAAAUAUGUAAAUAUUUUCACCAUUAUUAUAUAAGUUUAUAUUGUAAUUUCAAAGAAGAAAAAAAAACGAGUCUUGUUAUUAUAUUUAAUUUAUUCUGAAUUUGUAUCUUGAAUAAAUGAGUUUUGAAACAAUA